AUGACCAACAUGGACUCAGCAGCGGCCCCUGCGCCACCUUCAGAGGCUCAAAAUACUUCACCGGAGGUAGAUGUCAUCAAGCGCGACGCCAACGAUGUUUCUGGCGGUGAAGAACCCCCGGCCAAGAAAGCGCGGCUCGAUGAGAACCAAGCCACCGCGGAAGAAGAUCCCCGGUCGAAGGGUAUCGCGCCCAUCAAGGCAGAAUAUUUGAUUCCCUCUAAGCCCAAACCUAAGAUCGAGGCCGAAAACGAUGAUGCCGCCGAAGGUGCAGCCCACGCCGACCGUGAGGAUGGCAAGAACGACAAGAAAAAGAAGAAGGCCAAGGGCCAGAAUACCAACCGGAGAUUUGGUUCGUCCAAGGAUGUGAAGGGCCUGUGUACCUCGAGAAUGUACAGCCCGGAGUUUUCGCCAACUGAGUGCAAGUUUGGCGACGAGAAGUGCCGUUUCGAGCACGACCUGCGACUUUACCUGAACGAACACAAGCGCGAGAAUCUCACGACGAUGGAUGGAAAGUGCCCUGUUUGGGAGGCCCGCGGAAAAUGUUUUGUUGGGUGGAGGUGCCGCUUUGUUGCGUCUCACUCAACUGAACGUGAGACCGCGGAUGGGAAGAAAGAGUUGAUCCUGCUGGAAGACGAAGAGCGCAAGGCGAAGCCUCUCGUGUCAUUUGCAACGGAAGAUGGCCAAGUCAACAUCAUUUCCAAUGAUGCCAAGAUUGACCUUGCGCGCAAGCGAGAGACUACCCCUCGCUCCAAUGCGUUCAAUGAUUGGCUCAUCAAGUCCUCUACGGAGCUUGAGAAGCAAUUGCACGGCCGACACAAGGAGGAGGAAGAAGUUGCUAAAGCCAAUGGCGAGGGCGAGAAUGAUGAAUCUAAGGUGGUGCCAGAGGAGAAGGCCAAGGAGGAGAGGGAAAUCAACCGAGCCAUGUUUACUGAGCCACCCUUCCUGCCUUCCGAGAAGAGGCGCAUCUAUUUCGGACCCGAGACUCCUACACUGGCUCCUCUGACAACUCAAGGCAAUAUGCCCUUCCGGAGAUUGUGUACCGAUCUGGGUGCGCAGUUCACUUAUUCGGAGAUGGCGAUGAGUAUGCCUCUGAUCCAAGGUAACAAGUCCGAGUGGACUCUUCCGAAAUGCUCCCCCCCCACUGUCAUUCCGGGAGACAACAUUGUCCAAGGUUACGACAACUCGAAGGAUUUCAAGUUUGGAGCUCAAAUCGCAGCCAACAAGCCGUGGCACGCCCUUAAGGCGACCGAAGUUCUCUCCAAGUUCACACCCAACCUGCGUGUUAUUGACUUGAACUGUGGCUGCCCUAUCGACCUGGUGUUCCGCGAUGGAGCCGGUUCCGCGCUCUUGGACCACCACUCCAAGCUGGAGAAGAUCAUUCGUGGCAUGAAUGCUGUAUCUCAGGAAAUUCCUAUUACCGUCAAGAUUCGCAUGGGCACCAGAGAUAAUCAGCCUACUGCACUGAAACUUGUGGAGCGCAUGGUUCUUGGUGGUUACGAAUCGGGUAUCUUGAAUGUCGGCCCCCCGGGCGCUGCCGCCAUCACCCUCCACGGGCGUAGUAGACAGCAGAGAUACACCAGACAGGCUGACUGGAGCUACAUUGCCGACACUGCUGCUCUCAUCAAACGCUUGAAUGAGAAGAAGGACAGCCUCAUCGACACUAUCAACGAGCCCGACGCUCGUUACAUGCCCAAUGGCGGCAAGACAUACUUCCUUGGCAACGGUGACUGCUACUCGCAUGUUGACUAUGAUGAUCACAUCAACAAUGCUGGCGUUGAUUCCGUCAUGCUAGGACGUGGUGCCCUGAUCAAGCCCUGGCUCUUCGAGGAAAUCCAGUCAGGCCAGUACCUUGACAAGUCUGCUUCCGAGCGUCUCGGUAUGAUUGAGAAGUUCGCCAAGUACGGUCUCGAGGCAUGGGGCUCUGAUGAACACGGUAUUGGAACCACUCGCCGCUUCAUGCUGGAGUGGCUUAGCUUCGCCUACCGCUACGUCCCGAUUGGAUUGCUGGAGCAUCUUCCCCCUCACAUUAAUGACAGACCCCCUGCUUUCCGUGGCCGCAACGAGCUGGAGACUCUCAUGGCCAGUGGCAACUACAAGGACUGGAUCAAGAUCUCUGAGAUGUUCCUCGGACCUGCACACCCCGACUUCAAGUUCGAGCCCAAGCACAAGUCGAACUCCUACGAGGCUGAGGGUUAG